UACUAUGUGGAAAAGGAGAAGUUAAGGGCUGUGUUGUAAAACUAUUUUAGCUAUGUUUUUAUACUGUUAACGUUACUAACAUUAGUACUGUUAAAACAGUCUAGCCAACACAAGGCCAAGCUAGUACUUACACUACUAACUACUACUAUUACACUUAAAUAACUACAAUACUAAAACUUCAAUUUCGGACACGUGAGCCUAGCUCCCAUCAUAUUUGUUUCCAGGUGAGAUCAGGUGAGAUCAGGUCGGAGGGGAGUGGAGGAGGAGCCAAACAUAUCCGGAUCUGGAAACACAGGUCAUGACAGGCUAAAGUGGUGGAAGAGAAGUUGAUGGAAGAAAAAGGAGCAUGCCAUCAUAAAGUGGAUCCGAAGGGGAUAAAAGGAAGGACUGGGGCAAAGAGAUGGCACAGCAAGACGAACCUCUGUAUGAUUUCCCGGAGCCCAGCCAGCUGUCAGAGCGCAAGUUCUUGGGACAUCAAAGGGGACGGGCCUCUCUGAGAAGCAUCAGCGUACUGGAUCGUCUCCUGCUCACAGUUCCUGUCUGGCUUCAGCUGUCAAUCAACCCUGCCACCGCACUGCACAUAAUGCAGAGGGAGCCUCCUGGGGCCUUCCUGGUGCGUAAGUCUCGCACAUCCAAGAGAAACGUGCUGUGUGUUCGUUUGGCGGAUGACAGUGUGCCAUCCUUUGUUCAACAGUUUGGCAUCAGGGAGGAACACUCCAGUAAGACUCUGUCUCUGGAGGCCUCAUCCAUCAGCUUUCCAGAUCUCCCAAGACUAAUUUCCUUCUACUGUGUCAGCAGAGAUGUAUUACCCUUCCCUCUGGAGCUUCCUGAAGCCAUUGCAAAGGCAACAUCCCACAAAGAGCUCGAGUCCAUCUCACACAUGGGAAUAGAAUUCUGGAGUUCUCAGCUAAACGUCCGUGGGCCGCGGGAGGCACCUAAGCUCCAGAAGGACAAGGAGAAGAAGCCAGACACUGCAACCUCAACCCCGCCUGCUGCUGCCCCACAGACCAGCUCUGCAGCUCAGCCUGAUUCAGCUCCUCAGCCAGACUCGGACAACCAGCUCAAGACGGCACCUGAAUCAGACGCUGCCUCCAAAAAAUCAGUCCCAGAUCCCACCCUGUUCCAUGAGUUUUGUCCAAUCACGACGCGCAGCCCCAGAGAGCUGGACUGCGGCUCUGGCCAGGGUGAUCUCUGUUUCAUUAACCCCCUUUUCCUGCAGUCCCAGAACACUUUGUGCAGACGGCGCAUGUUCAAGCACAGCCUCAAGGUUCGGGUUUCGACGGAGACGUCAACCAUGCUGUCGCCCCCGCUUGCUCCUCCUCCUCCACCACCUCUAAUGCCCAAAACCAAAGGAAAAUGUAGAGCCCCAAAACGGGGACAAGGAACUGCUCAUCCCAGUGAAGGCCCGGGCCUUUUACAGGGUGAGAACCCAAGUCAAGCCACUCAGAUUGAUCCCACAGUUCAGGACACCGGGCCCCAGCCUCUGACACAGACACAGAUGGAACCAGGCCUAAGCAAAGCUGGAGUCAUGGGAGAGGAGGCUACAGCUCAGCUACCAACAGUAACGGAGCAUCUUGCGGAUGAAUCAGACUACAUGCAGCCGUCUCCAAUGAUCAAUUUCUCCCAUUCUCCCUCUCUCUCUCCUUACCGCUCCCCAUCUGUUCCUCCCAUGGUGCCUCCGCUUUUCCCCAAAGUAUCUCCAUCCCACUGUCCUCAUGAUUCUCCCAAUGCUUCUCCCUCUCUCUCACCUUAUCAAUCCCCAUCUUCUUCUCCCAUGGCGCCUCCACUUUUCCCCAAAGUAUCUCAGUCCCGCUGUCCUCAUGACUCUUCCAGUGCUUCACCCUCACCUUAUCAAUCCCCAUCUUCUUCUCCCAUGGCGCCUCCACUUUUUCCCAAAGUAUCUCCGUCCUGCUGUCCUCAUGACUCUCGCAGUGCUUCUCCCUCUCUCUCGCCUUGUCAAUCCCCAUAUUCUUCUCCCAAGGUUCUCUUUUCCCUCUCUCCACAUGACUCGCCCAGUGCUUCGCCCUCUCUUUCACCUCAUCAGUCCCCAUCCCCUUCUCCUAAGGUCCCCUUCUCUCUCUCUCCCUUCACCUCUCCAUGCUUCUCUCAGCUGGUAGAGCAAGCCUAUCACACACCUGCCACAUCUUCAAGACUAGAUCAGCAAAGAUCAGAGAGAGAGGCUGAGGAGGAGGGAGCUGGUGUGGAUGAAAAUGAGGACGAAGAUAAUGAGGAACUGCAAAAAAAGAGGGAAGAGGAGGAAAGGGGUCUGGUUUUACAGAUGAAUGCUGCUUCUCUAAACGACACUGACAGCUGCAGCUCCUUCAGCAGUCUUGAGGGAGCAGCAGAGACUCCACCUCACUUACCCCACAAACAGAACAAUGGUACAAACAUUUUAGACUGUAACUGAAUUACAUCAUGUGAUAUCAUGGAGCACUGUGUAGAAUUAUGUAGUGUAGAUAUGGUGACAGCAUCCCAGGGUCUCACCAUGAAAUCUUUUUAGAAUAGAGCAAAAAAUUUUAAUGACGAUACAGGUUUAUUGCAACUUGUGUACACUUUUUAUUAUGUUCUAUCGCCAACCAUUUUCUAAAGCAAACCCAAACAGAUUUCCUACCUGACAGAGCCAUUUGUUUCCUUUGAUAUCUGUAUUUUCUGAAAAUUAAAUUGCAUGGACUUUCUUGAGUUACAGUCCACUACAGCUGCCUUCUACUGUGAUGAUAUCUAUUAGAGUAAAAGCUGAGAUUUCAGUUUCUGACUGAAUUGAACAACUCUCUGCAGAUGUUGACAUACAGACCUUCACAACUAAGCAUGUGCAGUUUUGAUAAAAGUCCAAUCAUCAUCAGGGCUAUUUCUUUUGUUAUUAAAAUAUACUGAAAGUCAA